AUGGAGAGUCCGGCGGUGACGGCCAUGGAGUCUUUCAGCGAGGCUUUGGACGCCAUCAGCGUGAGCACAGAGCUCAUUGAGGAGGAGCUGCGACCCCAUCUGGACACAGUGCUGGCCGUCCUGCAGGAGACGAAGAGAGGCGUAGCCCAGCAGGUGGCAGACAGUGGGAUUCUGCCCACACUGGCUCAGAUUCUGGAGAGGAGGAGCGCCCUGAACAUGCAGACCACCCUGCUGGUGGCUGAGCUGGCCAGAGACGCCUCAGUGAGGGAGCGCUGUAUGGAGGCUGGCCUGGGAUUCGCUCUGAUGUCCCUGCUCAGCAGCACCGACCAGGACCUGCUCCUCUACACAGGCCGAGCCAUCAGCCGGAUUUGCUACGACAACAACCUCCUGCAAGACCAGCUGGUUCAGAGUGGAAUCAUACCGCACCUGGUGGCCAUCAUAGAGAAGUACCCCGCAAAUGCCCCCCUGGUCAGCGUGUGCCUGCUGGCCCUUUGCAACCUGGCUGACAUGGGCGAGGAGGACAGCUCGGCUGUGGCGUGGGAGCGGGUGGGCCCGUGCGGCGAGGGGGAGAAGGUGUACCGGGGCACCCGAAAGCACUCUUUCGGGUUGUCCUCCACAGCGACCAUGGUGAGGCUGCAGCGGUGGUCGGACGGCCAGCACUCGGUCACCGUGGAGGUUCUGCACCGCUGCUCCAGGGCUCUGUGGGUCACCCACGUCGGACUGAGAGCCGCCAGGCGCUUCCCUCCCGCCCCCCUCAGCGUCUGCCCCAAAUUCUACCGGGCUGUCAAGUACGGAGUCCGAAACCUCCCCAAAGCCAAAAGCCUGAAGUCCACGGUCUUUCACACCUUCUUGUGA